UCCAACGCUGAUUAGAAACAAAGACAAUAAAAAGGUCAUACUUCCAUCUUAAUAUCUCGUAUCCCAUUUCAAUAUCUGUAUCACUCACUAUUUUUAGUCCAUUGUAAUUAUGUAAUCGAAUGACUUCAAAUUUUAACACCGAUAUGACGUAUUCGGAAGGGGGCGGUUUUCUGUGUAGUCGGUUUAACAUUUCACUGGGCGUACAACAGAUUCUAUUCGAUCUUUCAAUGUGCAGUUAUAACACGAGUGCCACAUUGAUUGGUGCGAUUCAAAAUGAGAAAUAUUCUUCUCGCGUUAUUCGUAAUCCUCCUGCAGGACCAUCAGGCUAGUGGGUUCGUUGAGGAUCUGCUUCUAUCUAUGUCCUGCAAGGAGAUUAUCGACAAUUCUCCGUUGCAACAGUUAAAAGAGAAUCUGUUCUGUUACUACGACGAACAAGUUAGACCUGUUGAAAAUCAUAGGAACGUUACUGUCGUUGAUUUUGGAAUCACCAUGCAACAUUUCCAAGUCGAUGAAUUCUCACACACGGUUGACUUUCACGUUUGGGCCAGAAUGAUGUGGAAAGAUCCAAGUCUUGCAUGGACACCAUCGCAAUAUAGUGGUAUAGAAUGGCUUCAAGUGAUGAGCUACGACAUUUGGGUACCAGACAUAACGUUGCAUAGUGUGUCAAACAUCGACAUCGAUAUGGAGAUGCCACGGGUUAUAUGUUACUUGCAUCAUAUUGGUAGUGUAAUCUGUGUGCCAUCGGUGGUGUACACAACGUAUUGCGAGUCAGAACACACAUGGUGGCCUUACGAUUUAAUGAAAUGUAGUUUGCACAUUGCCUCCUGGUCUCAUUCCUCUGACGAGAUCAAGUUACGUUCUCUGCAGCUCAGUAAAGAAGGUCUACUAACCCAGGAUACUUACGACUUAAAUUUGGAAUGGCAAUUAGUGAACAUGUCCGAAACGAGCCAUAUGUAUCAAUCAAAAUUCGACGUGGACUUCUCUAGUAAUAUGAUAACGUAUGAUAUUAUCUUGCAAAGAUAUGCUUCGAUGUACACUGCUUCUUUCAUGACAGCGAUUUUAGUAUUAACAGCGAUGACGUUGAUGACGUUGUGGUUGGACCCAAAAUCCACUGAACGUAUGGUAGUUGCGAAUUGCAAUUUCGUUUUGCAUUUAUUGUGUUUGCAAGAUUUGCAAUGGAAACUUCCUCACAAUGGGACUCAUCCUCCCAAACUACUUCUCUUUUACGAGAAUUCGUUAGUUCUGGCUACGUUCUCGUUGAUCCUCACCAGCCUUCUUCGUCAUAUGCAAGAGCUCAAUACCGAUGCACCUGUGUGGUUAUCAUCGACUACCGCUACGAUUUUAAAAAGCAGAGUAGGCCAGAUAUUUUUAGUGAGUAUCUUGGACCCAAAAGUAUCGGCCACAAUGGAAAUGAACGCCGACGAUAACACGAAUCUCGUGUCCUAUGAUAAAAAAGAAUCCACUUGGAAGUAUACCUCCAUUUUGAUCGGAUGGUUAGCGUUCUUCGCUGUAUUGUUCACUUAUGUGAUCAUGAUCGCUGUUUUUCUGCCGACAAAUAGCAGAGGCAGAAGUGUUUGGGACCAUUAAUAUAAAAACUAUAUAAAAGGGAAAUUUUUUGUGUGAAACAGAUGUUGCCAAUUUCCAAGAUUUCUCUCCAAAUGUCCGAUUUUCCAUCUUCUCACGUUGACUCCGAGUCCCUUUUACUCUCAAAUUUUCAUAUCCUAAAUCUCCUUCAAUCGGCGGAACAUUUAAUGUCUCAUCUAGAAUACGGUACAAAAAUACACAAUGUAUAAUACUUUAAGAGUUUGGUUUUCAUGUGUAAAAUCAGUGGAUAUUUAAGAACUUUUCUAUAAAUACAUUUAUUCUGAAAAACAUUUCGGAUUUAACUGACUACGUCAAUUCGAUCCGCUUUUGCGUAUGUUAACAGUGCGACCCAAUUUUACAUUACUUCCGGUAAAUACAAUUAAGUCGUAUCGAUUAAGAACGAAUGUUACACGAAUAAUUUGCGAUCAGAUGUUUACAUGAACAGUGUGAAAUUCAAGUGAAUCGUAGAAUCGUGUACUAUAUAUAAUAGUGUUACUGUUAGUGUUAGUCUAAUAAACGCUAAUGAGAAAUGACCGGUGUUCCUCGAGUAAUCAGAACUUAUUUGGUGCUCUGUCAACAACAUCUUACAUUAUGUACAAUUUAAAAUUUGGCAUUCACGCGAAUGACGUUAUACUACAUAUACAGUAAAUUAUACAAAUAAAGGGACUGCUAAGUAGAAAGUUUAAUACAAUUUCGCGUUCGUUUGAACUAUCAUUCUCCUUCCGUGAGAAUAUAUUGAUGAGUAAAUGAAAGCACAAAUCAAGCAAUAAAUGUAUGAUAAGUUGUAGAAAAUUUAAACCGUAAAAA